GUUAAUGAGCUCGAGGAAGCCUUGGUGCGGCCCACCAGGUUCCAAAACAAGGAAAUGAAGGAGGGAGGCGGGACUGAGGGUGCCUGCGGGAGCUGCCGCGGAGGAGAAGGAGGAGGAGGAGGCCGCCGCGAUUGCGGCGGUGCUCCGUGCUGAAGGCGAGGGACGCUUGAGUGGGGGAAACCGAAGGGGGGGGGGAGCGCCAGUGCGCGCGCCCGGGCGCCAGGCGUCUGUGAGGGGAGAAGUGGAGCGGCGGGCCGCGGGAGGAAGCGGCGGCGGCGGAGUGAGUGAGCGGCGGCGGCCCCCGCGUACCCCGCGCCUCUAUGGGGGAAGCAGACAAUGGAUUAUGACUUUAAGGCGAAGCUGGCGGCGGAGCGGGAGCGGGUGGAGGAUCUGUUUGAGUACGAGGGCUGUAAAGUGGGACGCGGCACCUACGGUCACGUCUACAAGGCGAGGCGGAAAGAUGGAAAAGAUGAAAAAGAAUAUGCACUGAAGCAAAUUGAAGGCACAGGAAUAUCCAUGUCGGCUUGUAGAGAGAUUGCACUUUUACGGGAAUUGAAGCACCCUAAUGUGAUCGCGUUACAAAAGGUGUUCCUUUCUCACAGUGAUAGAAAGGUUUGGCUGCUAUUUGAUUAUGCAGAACAUGAUUUAUGGCACAUUAUUAAGUUUCACCGGGCCUCAAAAGCAAAUAAAAAACCGAUGCAGUUGCCAAGAUCGAUGGUUAAAUCACUGCUUUACCAGAUUCUUGAUGGAAUCCAUUACCUCCAUGCAAACUGGGUGCUUCACAGAGACUUGAAACCAGCAAAUAUCCUAGUAAUGGGAGAAGGCCCGGAAAGGGGGAGAGUCAAAAUAGCUGACAUGGGUUUUGCCAGAUUAUUCAAUUCUCCCUUAAAACCUUUAGCAGACUUGGAUCCAGUAGUAGUGACAUUUUGGUAUCGAGCUCCAGAACUAUUGCUUGGUGCAAGGCAUUAUACAAAGGCCAUUGAUAUAUGGGCAAUUGGUUGCAUAUUUGCUGAACUAUUGACUUCAGAACCUAUUUUUCACUGUCGUCAGGAAGAUAUCAAAACUAGCAAUCCUUUUCAUCAUGAUCAACUAGAUCGUAUUUUUAGUGUCAUGGGAUUCCCUGCAGAUAAAGAUUGGGAAGAUAUUAGAAAAAUGCCGGAAUAUCCCACACUUCAAAAAGACUUCAGAAGAACAACGUAUGCCAAUAGUAGCCUCAUAAAAUAUAUGGAAAAACACAAAGUGAAGCCUGACAGUAAAGUUUUCCUUCUGCUUCAGAAACUUCUUACUAUGGAUCCCACAAAGAGAAUUACCUCAGAACAAGCUUUGCAGGAUCCCUAUUUCCAAGAGGACCCUUUGCCUACAUCAGAUGUAUUUGCUGGCUGUCAGAUUCCGUAUCCCAAAAGAGAAUUUCUUAAUGAGGAUGAACCCGAAGAAAAAGGAGACAAGAAUCAGCAGCAGCAGAAUCAACAUCAGCAACAAACAGCACCUCAGCAGCCACAGCAGGCAGCGCCGCCACCACCACCACCACAGCAACAGCAGCAGCAGCAGCAACAAAACAGCACCCAGACAAAUGGGACGGCAGCAGGGGCAGGAACAGGAGGAGGGGGUACCGGGGCAGGGCUCCAGCACAGCCAGGACUCAGGCCUUAAUCCAGUGCCUCCAAAUAAGAAACCACGGCUAGGGCCUUCAGGCACUAACUCAGGCGGGCCUGUCAUGCCUUCUGAAUAUCAGCACUCCAGUUCACGCCUGAGUUACCAAAGCAAUGUUCAGGGAUCGUCGCAGUCCCAGAGUACCAUGGGCUAUUCCACAUCAUCUCAGCAGAGCUCCCAGUACCAUCCGGCUCAUCAGGCUCACCGGUACUAAGGAGCCCAGCAGACACCCCCCCACCCCACCCCACCCCCCAGCAUGGAAUGAAUGAACCAAAAGUCAAAGGCUCCAGCAUUAUGAAGGUCACAGUGAGAAGAACCAAAAAUGCAAACUGUGAUACAGAUAGAAGAUUCCUAAGCAUAUGAAAAGAACCUUAUUGACUGAACGUUUUGUGGUGGACUUAUCACCUUUCUUUAUUAGCUUAAAGAAGGUUCUUGUGAAGUUUCCCAGGUCCCUUCCCCCUGCAUGUGUUCCAUUGUGGUUACUCUGAUAAAUGUCUGAUCUAAACCCAGCACUUAACUUUUCUAACCUUCAGCAUUGUUUUGAAGGAUUCCUGGUGCACCUUUCUCAUGCUGUAGCAAUUGUCAUGAUUUGAUCUUUUCAAAGCUCUUUAAUAGAAUUUUAAUGUUUUAGAUUGGAAUUUCAGCUGUAUAUAGUUUUAUACUAAACAAAUUGGUUCAGCAACACAGGUAAAAUGCACCUUUUUAAAGCACUACGUUGUUUUCACAGGAUUUUACUGUUUUGCUCAUGGAUAUCACAGACAACAUUUUAACUAUUCCAGAAUAUUUACUGAUUGUUUUUAUUAGCCUAGUUUUCAGGGAAGGUAUGUUAAAGGGAUGGGGGAAGGGGAAAACCCACAACAGAAAAACAUUUUAGGUCCUUGCAGUUAAUAUGCUUCCUGCUAGUGAACUGAAUACCAAUUAAGGGAUUGUGAUUGAUAUGUUCAUAUCAUUCAUAUGAAGCACUGUUUUUAGAAUCAUUGUCUUAUUCCAUAUAGUUUUCAAUAAUUAAGCUUCAUGAUUUUAACCUCUUCUAGGGCAUCCUUUAAUAUAGCUAAGACCAUCUUAAAAGAGGUUUCAGAACUUUGGUGGAAUGUAGUCCUUUGGCCAUUCACACCAGUCAGCAAGAAAAACAUUUUAACUACCUUGGAAUUUUAUUAGAAAGGAGUAAAUGUUGAUUAAAGGAUGCAUUGCCUAACCUUUCAAAGGAAAAUUUUUCGUGCAUAUUGUAUAUAGAGUUGACUUCUCUAAAGAUUUAUCCAUUUCUUCAAUUUUGGCAAGCUUGCAUAAAUAGCUUAAAUAAUCAAAGUUAAUCAAAUAGAAGCUUACAAGCUAAUCUUUUAGAAUACAAAUUUGAAGGUUCCCAUUCAUUUUUGCAUUAGAUAUAAAGUAACUACUUCAAAAGCAUGUUAAAACAUCUAGAUUUUUUCAUGUUUAAGAUAAGUAUUAUGUAUACAUAAUAUUGCUAUUGUUGAUGCAACUUUCUAUUAAGAGGCUUUACAUUGCACUGAAAUAUUUCUUUUGCCCCAGGAAAAAACUUUAUGAGUGUGCCUAAAAUCUAUAGGCAGAUAAGUGUAAAACUAUAAUAGCUAUCACGAAUAUUCCAGUUACCAUUAUCCUCAAAUCAGACACUAAAAAUCCCACCAUUGUCUAGUUGUAGGAGACCCUGCUCAUCAGGAAAGUAAUGAUUUGGGGAAGGUAUUUUUUUUUAAUGUUUAUAAAGUAAUAUAAAAAUUGGCAACUCUUAUCACAGUAUAAAAGGGAAAGUAUCUGUGUUCUUCAGAAUGCUUUUAACCAUGGAAGUGGCACCAGCCUUAUUUCAUAAAUUGUUUUCCAGAUUUAGAAGUUACCUUGAUUACUAUAUACAAUUUUUUACUAUUUGUGAACUCAUCUACCUACUUGGUUUUGGUAAUCUAGGUCCAGACAUAAGUAAAAUAAGACUGUAGAUAGAAUCAGUAUGCAUUUUGCACUAAUGAUGUGUUGUUAUGGCCUGCAGAGGGCCUUACUUAUCUCAGCAUAAUGUUUAUAAUUAAUAAUUAAUCAUUUAUAAACUCUAUGAAGACUAAUUAUAGACCAGGCCACAGGCUGCACUCAAAGCAAUUUUCUGUUUUCCAUAAUUUUUUUUCCCUUUCAUUCUUUUUGUGAGAAAGCAGCUGAAAGCCGGUGUCUAGUACAGUGCCUUGCACAUAGUAGGUAUUCAAUAAGUGCAUGUUGAAUUAAAUCAUUAUAGUCAUGCCAGCAUUAUGUUUAUCAUAUACACUGAAUCACAAUAUAAAGCUGUCAGUUAAGUAGUUAUUGAGCAUGUACUAUGUGCCUAGUGUUGGACUAGAUACCUUCUGAGAUGCAGAACCCUGGUCCAGGUCCUAAAGGGGCUUACAUUCUAGUUGGGAAAAUAUCUUGUGAUGACUGCCUUAUAGGUGGGCUUAUAGCAAGGUCCUUCGAGUGUCACUAAACCCACUCAAGAUGGGUUCUUAUUCCAGUUUCUGAUCCUAUAAGCAAGCAGUGUUUUAUUAGAGAGGAAUCCACUGUGUAUCCAACCACAAUAGAGAGAAAGCACCAAAUUAAAUGCAAUGAAAGAAAAUUAAAUUGUUAUCUGGAAUGCUAAUAAAAGUCUUUCAAUAAUC